UUCGCGUUCCCGCCAAAAAUCACAGUCUUUCUCGAUUUCCCCAUUUUGGCAUUCAGAAAGCUCGAGCUCAACGAUGUCAAAGAAAAGAGGUCUGUCGUUGGAGGAAAAGCGUGAGCAAAUGCUUCAGAUCUUCUAUGAUUCCCAGGGCUUCUUUCUUCUUAAAGAGCUUGAGAAGCUGGGUCCCAAGAAAGGUGUGAUCAGUCAAUCUGUGAAGGAUGUUGUUCAAAGUCUAGUAGAUGAUGACCUUGUUUUGAAAGACAAGAUUGGCACUUCUGUGUACUUUUGGAGUCUUCCUAGUUGUGCUGGAAAUCAGUUGAGGAAUGCUUAUAGCAAACUGGAAUCUGAUCUUAAAAGCAGUCGGAAGCGUUUUGCAGAACUUACUGAACAGAGGGAAAACUUGAAAAAAGGCAGGGAGGAAUCUGAUGAGCGAGAGGCUGCUUUAGAGGAGCUGAAGGCUGUGGAGUUGCAGCAUAAAAAGUUGACGGAGGAAUUGGCCUGCUACGCUGACAAUGAUCCAGCAGCUCUUGAAUCAAUGAAAAAUGCAAUUGAGGUGGCCCAUACAGCAGCCAAUAGAUGGACAGACAACAUAUUCACCCUUCAGCAAUGGUGUUCAAACAACUUCCCUCAAGCCAGAGAACAACUUGAACAUUUGUACAAGGAGGUGGGAAUACCAGAGGAUUUUGAUUAUCUGGAAUGAGGACGAGAGCAAAUAAAUGGAUUCUAUGUUUUGUUGCAAAAUAUAAAUGGUUGGAGGUAUGCAUAACAUGAAAACCCAUUAUAAUAGAUUUUUCUAAUCAAUACACCCCUUAAUUAUCCUGUAAUUUGAGCAAUGUACUGUUCAUCUGAUAUGUUCUUGC